AUGCUGUCCUACGACACCGCAGUCCCCAUUGCUGCCAAAGGGCAGGACACCUCACCUGCGCCGCUGACGGCUACAUUACCAACCAGCAUCGUCGGUUCCGCUGAAAAGCCAGCUGAGAUGCACAAUCAUAUCUGGCUCGUAACGGGGCCAGCUGGAUGUGGAAAAACCACCAUUGCCGAGCACAUCGCAGAAGCCAAUGGCAUGCCGUACAUUGAAGGUGAUUCUUAUCAUACAGCCGCCAAUGUGGAAAAAAUGAGAACAGGCGUGCCAUUGACAGACGCGGACAGAUGGGAUUGGCUCACACUGCUCCGUGAUGAGUCGAUGCGCCGCCUCGCCGAGGGUCCUCCAUCUCACGGCGUCGUUGUUACAUGUUCAGCCCUGAAGCGCAAGUACAGGGACGUCAUCCGCGUCGCGGCGUAUUACAACAGCAACAUCUUGAUUCAUUUCAUCUACCUGGAUGCGUCGGAAGAGGUGCUUCUGCAAAGAGUCUCUGCGCGUCAAGGCCACUACAUGGGGGCCAACAUGGUGCAGAGCCAGUUCGACAUUUUGGAGCGUCCGGCAGUGGAUGAGACGGAUGUCUUUAGCAUCGAUGUCAGCCGAUCUAUCGAAGAGGUCAAGCGAGAUGCGCUCGCUCAAGUUAACGAGGUCAUGAACUCAGAGGGCGUCUGA